AGCAGAAAAACAUACACCAAAAAACUAGCCACCAUGAGCUCGUCUCCAAAUUCCGACGAGGACAGGAAAAUUGAUUUUAAUCCCCUGCUGCUUGCAAGUGGUAAAAGAAAGAGUGCCUUUCUACCCUACAAACCAUCGAACACGGUGCUAACAAAUCUGCAGCGCGGAAACACAGAGGCAAACAUUCCCAGUGAAAUAUGUCUUAAUUUUCACGAAAAAACUGGCCAAGGAGAAAUAACCGAGGAGCAGGUGCGUGCCGAACAGGCAGUCGAUGCUGUAGAUUCCGACCAGUUUACACCACUUCACUGGGCGUGCUAUUACGGACAGCUAGCUGCGGCCAGUAUACUUAUUAAAUGCGGGGCAGAUGUGAACAAGCAAGCAACGGAUAUGAUCACCCCCAUACUUUUAGCGGGAGCAGGUGGACACAACGAGAUCGUGCGAUUGCUGAUGGAUAACGGAGCGGUGGUUAAUCACAUGGAUAUCGUGGGCAAUACGGCUCUCAUGUAUGCGGCAGCCGGAAAUCAUCCUCACACCUGCAACGAGCUGCUAAACGCUGGGGCAAGUUUUACCGAUACGAACGAGGAUGGAGAAUCUGCCUACUCGCUGGCAGUGAAAAACAAUGCAAACUUAGCACAAGCUGUGCUGGAAAAUCACAUCACCGCACUGCUAAUGACGUGAGCGCGGCUAAAUAAUUGUACAAGAGUUGGCGGGAAUAGUUUUGUGAUAAUCGAAAGUAGGUACCAUUGAACAAAUUUAUCCGGAUUUGUAGUAUAUUAAAAUAUUUGUUUUACAAAAAAACGAGCUUCGCUGAAAGUGAAUAAAAAUAUUCGUUGAUCAA